GCGCAAGCUCUUUAUAGUCCUAGAAAUAUUAAACAAUUGUGCACCUAACACCGUUAUUAGUCUACAUGUCUUCGAUGGAAAUGGACGACAACAAUUCGUAUGCUCCCGGAGGGGUUGAUAAAAUCGUCCUAUUCCCCCAUGGAAAAAAACUGUUCCGGCAGCAAGAUUGGCCCUGCGGCAACUUUCUUCAAAGCCUCAACGAGGAACAUCAUAAUGUUCAGUCCUUUAUACGCUUCGAACGAGACCAGCAUUCUCCGUUAUCUGUUCAGCAGCUUGUCCUUAGUUGUUGGAUAGACGAAUGGGAGGAAAUAGAUAUAAACGCUCUUGGAAAUGACUCUCUUGCUGUAUGGUGUCUGCUGAACUCUAACCAGCCGGAAGAUGUCCAACUUGAGAAGGUCAAAGUACUGCUUCAACGGGGUGAAAUACAUGUGGCGGUAGCAAUAUUGUUAGGCCUUAGAUUAGUAAAGGAAGCAGUUGAGACCUAUAUGGUGAAAGGAUACCUCUUUGACGCACAGCUGCUCAUCGAGCUGAAAUUCUCAAAUGGCGAUGAAUCAUCAGAGGUUCCAAUGGCACAUUUGCUAGCAAGUCAUCAGCAAAACGCACAGCAAGUGGCAAAGCCAGGCUUAUACAUCGACACGGAUCUUCCUCUGAGAAAAGAGAGCCGCACACUCACCCCAAUUACCAAGGGCUACAAGAAGCCGUGGGUGCCAAAGCGUCUCGAGACAAUCGAGGAGAAUUAAGGGCGGUAACGACUGUUAUUAAUUAUAUCUACCA